ACUCUCGCUCGGCAGCACCUGCCCAGCCGGUGAUUCAGUCAAGUGGUUGCCGCCGCCAGGAUGGUGCAGCUGCCGCAGCUGGUCGUCGCCUCCUCCUUGUGGCUCGGGCUGGGCUGGUGGGCGUCUUUGCCGCCAACCGGACUGGCGCUGCCCGAGGUGCUGUUCCGUUGCCCGCCCUGCACCGCCGACCGCAUCGCCUCCUGCCCUUCCGACGGACCCGAGACCUCCGCCUGCCCGGAGCUAGUGCGGGAGCCCGGCUGUGGCUGCUGUCGAGUUUGUGCCCGCUUCGAGGGGGAGCCCUGCGGGGUGUACACGCCACGUUGCGUCUCCGGGUUCCGCUGCUACCCGAGUCCCGACUCUGAGUUGCCCCUUCAGGCGCUGGUGCAGGGACAGGGCACCUGCUCCCGGUGGAGCGACGCCGCUGAGUACAGCGCCACCACCGUCGAGCACCCCGGGGCGGAUAACGAAGAACAUCCUGAAGUAUCUGUUGUGGAAAACGUUGUAGAUGGUGCCUCUACUGUGGUGUUUGGAAGGUUAAAGCCUCCUGUGAAAAAUGGCAAGGAAAUAGCCAUACUUCGUGACAAAACGAAUGAGCAGCAAAAGCUGAUGACCAAGCAUAAGCCUGACAUACGUCUACAACCUGUUAGGACACCCUGUCAACAGGAAUUGGACCAGGUUUUGGAACGUAUAUCAACCAUGCGCCUGCCAGAUGAACGUGGUCCAUUAGAACAUCUUUAUUCCCUGAACAUCCCAAAUUGUGAUAAGCAAGGACUUUACAAUCUCAAACAGUGCAAAAUGUCAGUGAAUGGCCAGCGAGGAGAAUGUUGGUGUGUUAAUCCCAACACUGGGAAAACCAUCUUGGGGUCGCCUACCAUCCGUGGAGAUCCUGAAUGCCACCUCUUCUAUGCUGACUAUGAGCAGGACGACAGGGGAACACCAGCCUUUCAAGUGCAAUAGUUGGACACAUUCCUACUGUCUGUCAUGUGGCUUGGCCUAUUCUCAGUGCUGGAUUUUACAUGGGUUUUAAUGCAUUCUGAUUUUUUUUCCCCUUCGUGUUGAUGUUCCAGCAAAUCCCCAGUGAUUUUUGGGAUAGGGGUGGGGGAAAUCUGGGCUAUACAUUUAUCUCAGUUGCUUGCACCAUUGGGCAAAUACAAUAAAGGUGGUGGAUAGAAAGGUUUGGUAUCUCAGGCGUUCUCUUAUCCUGCUCCCAACUCUACCCAAACUCUUCUAAAUCACUUUUACUCUUGCCAGAAGGAGCAAAGAAAACAAGGUCAGGACAAAGAGUUAACCUGACCUCUUCACCCAUAUGUGCUCCUGCUCCCACCAGGCUGAAUGAGAUAAUCCUUACCCUAAUUCUUUCUCACCACCCAAGCCAAAGACCAAAGAUUGUAAAUACUACAUUGUGCCUGCUACACAGAGUCCUGCAUUCUGUCCAUGUUGGUCCCAUUUUAGGUGUGUUAUAGCUAAAGGACUAAAGAGAAUCUUUGCUUAGGGAUCAAUAUUUCUUGGAAGGCAUGGCCAGCAAGGAGCUACACACUGCCACCAUGUUGUCCUAGAAGGCACUGUAUUUAAUAGAAGGUUUACAAAAGUGCAAAACCCUGCUACCACCACCCCACCAUUAAAUGUUAAAACAUCAAUGUGUAGCCUUAUUCACUGAGAAUUCAAUGCCACGGAUUAUUAUUCAGCAUCCUGCUGCCUCUUAGACUUAGACUUCAUAACUCUUAAGAAGCAAAAACCCAUUUAAAACCCAUGAGUAGACCAGUCAUUCUCCCUACCCUAAAUGACGUAGGUCCAAGAUGAGCAGUGCCUGUGUCUCUGUAAGUAAACGACACUAAAUAUAGUGCUUUGUAAACCUUGAAAGUGGACAGAUUAUAUGUAUAUGUUCAUUGAUAUGCAUACAAGCCUGUAUAGAAUAAUCAAAUCUGGGAGCUAGGAGAGAUAUGGUGUUGAACUUUCAGUUCCCAGUAAUGAAUUAAGUUUCUCAGAUAACCAUUUCACCCUCUUGAGUUUGAUUUUGCUUCUGGGUGGAUCAUGGAAAUGUUGAAAAUAAUGAGAAGCAGUUGCAUGUAUUAUGUCUUCUUGUAUUAUAUAUGCCAAUUUAUAUUUACUGAAUAGUUGCUAUUAGUAUAAUUGUUGAAGACAGGAGGUUUUGUGUAUGUUCUUUUUUUUUAAUGCCAUAUAUAUUGGAGGAGAAAAAAAAUGAAACAUUUCCAUCUUUUUUUUCUGUAAGAACACAGCAGAAAAAUGACGUUAGAAAAAUGACUGGGCUUCUCUCUGGUAACAGAGUUCUCCUUUGGCCAGCUUGCCAUUUCACUGUGUCCUUUUCAUGCACACAAUGCCUGUUGUUCCAUUAUGCUUGAUGCCUUGAAAGAAUCUCCUUCCUUCUCUACCUGCCUCCCCUCCCAAAACUGCAGCACUCCCUCUAUGGCAUAAUGUGAGGCAUAUAGCCAUAUUUCCACAAUCUCUGGUGAAAAUGAGGGGGAAAAUUGUGAAUUACUGAGAAUGUCAGUACCUCAGAUCCAUAGGCAGGUAUAUAUACACACUUGCUUCAAGAGAGAAUAUAAAACAAAUAUCAAUGUUUCAUGUUGCAAGACAGAAACUGGUAGAGGAAAUGAGUUGAAAUUUAAAUAUUAACUUUGAUAUUUAAAUUUAAAUCUAUUAUUAUUAAAUUUGAAUUUAAACAAAUAUUUUUCCGGAGCAAAUUGUAGACGGUGGAUUAUUCCUAGUAGGAAAGCAUAUAUGCUAAAGAAUUAAUAUGCUUUUGGUGACAAGAUUCUGUGAAGAAAAAAAGGCAAUGCUGUAAGUGAAUGUGAUAAAGUAAAUCUCAAAUUGCACUGGAGAAGUUUUCCCAGCAGGCACAGUACAUAAAGGAAUAAAACCAUUGUGAUAACAGAUCAUUGCAGUGAAUGAAAACCAUUAUUUUCUUAUCAGGCAAAACCUUGAUUAUUUGUGCUUUUUAAACAUUUAUGUUUGGUAUAUUCCAAAUCCAAAUUCAUCCAACAAAUAUUCUUCUCAUUGGGAAGAAAAUAUUUGUUCCUUUUUAUUUACUUUCCACUUCCAUUCUAGCAAUUUAGAAACUAGUAUCGGUGCCUUAAAGAGGAAUAUCACCUACCCCUUAAGUUUAUACUCUUAACUGU